CUUACGAGGUGGAUCGUUCGCGUGGUUACACUGUUGCGCGACGGAAUCUUGCAAAACAAGAAGGAUCGUGUGGAUACUUGUCUUGAGCGAAGCACGUUGUUUGGCCGCCGCGAGUAAGACGGGAGAGAGUGUGUGCACUCUGCGGAAUCGGAAGCAGGAAGAGAGGAAGAAGAGAUCGUGUGGUGUGAAAACAACACCACCAGCGCAGGGGGGAGGCGGUACCGGCCUCAACGUUUUUCGGUAGUGAAGUGAAGUUUCAUUCAUCGAUUCGCCAGUACGAAGAGCAGUCGAUUCGGACGCUUGCGCUCAUUCAUUAACCAUCGUUUGACUUUUGACCCAUCGAGAGUCGUCACCCCGUGCUUGGUGUGCUUGGAGAUGCGCCUACUGUGAUCGUGUGUAAACUGAAGGACUUUGAGCGUUUACGUUUCAAGAGAAUGUAAGCUGAAGAGCGUGGAAUCUAAUCGUCGUGUGGAUCGCGAUCGCGUGCUCCAAGAGACUUGGACUCACAGUUGCAGUUGUGCAAUCACUUUAGGGCCGGAGGCUGCCACUUGCCGCGAGCAGUCAGGUUAUUAAUUAGCCUAACGGAUAAGAUUAGCGAUUGUUUUGCAUCCGAGAGAUUUUUCAUUUAUCUUAAUUAACGGGAAACGGCGCUUCUGGACGUUGCGAUCGCCGUACGAUCAAUGCGGGAAAAGAUAAAAAACAAAUAAAUAAACAGAGGGAACGUUUGAGAGAAAUAUUGGCUCAUCAUCGGCGCGGCGAAUGGUGAGGAAGAAAAAAUGUAUCACUUAAUGAGAUUUACUUAAUUUAUGUAUUAAGAAAGCUGAUUGUUAGAGCCGGUCAUAAAUAUUUUUCCUACGGGUCGGAAAAGAAGAGAGAAGAGCCUUUGGGAAGAGCCCAGUGUGUGUGUGUGUGCGGUUGUUUUUAUUUGCUGCCUUCUUAAUUAUUCGUUUGCGCACUGGUUUUUGUUCGAAAACUAGUGGAAACAUUAAUUUUCUAAAUCCCGGGAGAGGCCCGAGAAAAAGAGUUAGUGAAGUGAAUGCCGCAAUAAAAAUUGUGAAAAAGUCAUAAAAACCUCAAAAAAAAACCGAAACAAAAGCUCCGGUAACGAGCAACCACAGCAACCGUUCAUCGGAAGAAGCAGAUAAAAGCCCAUCAUCAUCAUCGUCGUCGUCGUCGUCGUCGUCGUUCGUCACUCUACUUCGUCAUCAUGAUGGCUUGCACCGUCGCCGGUGGGAUCCGUAGAAGGUCUACCGUAUUGCCACCUGUGCCGCCGCUUCUGCUGCUGCUAGUGCUGAUAGUAAUCAAACAAUCGGCUGCCUGUUACUUCCCGAUCGAGUACCAGGGCGAAUACAUAACCCAGAACACAGUGACCGACGGGUCGGUCCGGUACAGCCGGAUCAACAUCACCGAGAGUGCGAUCCCCAUCUGGGGCAUGUGCCACAAACGGCACGACAACAAUGUUGUCCUGGUGACGGGCACCGAAGAAGCCUACUGCUUUCGGUGCUUCCAUCUAAAGCUGGUCUCGAAAAAUGUCCUCCGGGUACUGACGGCCGAUAACGACUACAUCUCCAAGUGUCACACCAACGAGGAGAAGGCCCUAGCUUCCUGUCUGAAGGACGACGCCCUGCAGGACGAAGAAAAGAGCACCGAAAUCAUUCUAUACAAAUUCCGUGAAUGGAACAACGACGAAGUCCGUCAGGAGUACUGCCCGAUCCACGGUCGGUAUAAGCUGACCUACAACAUCGACAACGGUACCGAGGAUCGAGUUGAAUGCGAGUCGCAAGAAUCCGAGGUGGAUAACUGCCCGUCCGGUUCGGCCUUGAAUCUCCGCUUCCGAAAUUGUGCCUUCCACGAUCAGGAAGUCACGUUCGAAUGCCUUGGCCAUUGGCGAGGUCUACGUCAGCAGAACUUCCUCGCACUGGUCAACACGAACAACGAUGCCCGGCUGGGGCCAAAAUACCGAUGCGCCACCUGGGUCGAAAACCCAAAGACCGGAGAAAUCGAGAUCUCAUUCAGCAAGGAUUCGACCUGCCGGUCGAUCAACAAAUACCAUCGCAGUCCGAACUCCUAUGGCAAUAACAUCAACAGCGACUACCACAGCGAAGUCAUCUCGCUGAAACCAGUUCCACAGGAGUUUGGACAGAUCAGCCAGCAUUGCAGCUUCCCGAACUGGUUGAUCGGAAAAUGGGAGCACGUGAUCGUCAGCCAGAACCAACUCAUCUACAAAGAUCACACCUCGUUCAAGACGUACACGAUGAAGUGCGUCAAAAACAACACCAACCACGAUUCGGACAAGUACAUCGUCUACAGCCAAACGCAGUGCGGUGAGGAAAAGUACCAAUGCCUCAAGAUCCAACGACGGGACGAAAAUGUGUUCGAGUUCCAGAUCAGCUCCCGCUCGGAGCCGAACUUUACCAGUACGAUUUGCAACGAAUUCUACUUCAACGACGACCGGUGGCUGACCCAGGGUCGAUUGGACAGCAACAGCAUCGUUUCGCCCUGCCCGAUUGUUGGCGAAUUCUCCGGCGUUAUUCCGGAUGAUGAAGGACUGUGCGCCAAACUUUCUUCCGAGUGCGGCUCGCCAGACAUUAUGUACUAUCAGAUCUCAGCAUGCGAGUUCGAUGAAGUCUACGAAGAACGGGAAUACCGAUGCCUGGGACAGUGGACCCAUCGGAAUAUCGUCUACACGUACACCCAGCGACGGGACGUCGGUACCUACGAAUGCUUCGUAGGUACCAUGCUCUCCGAUCGGCAGAUCUUCAUCAAAGAAGCCGGCGAACACUGCCAACGGGACGUCAAUCCGCACCGGUUCGGCAUGGAGCUGAACAAGGUCGCACACUGCAGUGUGCCGGAAACGUUCAAACCGUCCAGCCGGCCGACACACAAGUACUCAGAAGUCUCGACGAUACGAUCGUCCACGUCGAGUUAUAACAGCAACAAUAGCAACAACAAUCGAAAUGAUCAGCAAAGUUCCUCGCCGUCCGUGGUGGCCAACUCGACCCCGUCGUCGCCAGUGGUCACCACCGGACGAAGCAACACCCAGUAUACGGUCACGAAUCAGCAACCGAAGCAGCAGCCGCAACCGACGGCGAAACCCGGCGUGCCCGGCUCCGGAGCCAGCAGCACGCUACUUGUACAGUCACAGUCCUCGUAUUUAUUAUUGUUAGCAACUCUCAUCUGUGUUAUCUUAGGUUGUAGUCAAAUUAGGUGUUAAACAAUUUUUUUAUUUAAAACUGAAA